AUGGAUCGUUAUUUUACAAUUUUUGACUUUUCAUCCUCUGAUGACGAGUUGGAUAUCAUUUUAGCUUUUGCUGCUGAAGAAGAAUGGUUAUGUAAUGAAAUAGGCUCAACAUCGCACCUUGGUCCUGUUCAACGUCGUAGGUUCGUCCAGCGAAAUUCUUUGGAAGGGCACCAACGCCUUUUCUUGGACUAUUUUGCAGAACCACUAGUCUAUCCCCUUAAUAAAUGUCGAAGGAGGUUUCGAAUGCAACGUUCUCUGUUUAAUCGUAUUCAAAUUGAGAUAGAAGCUCAUGAACCAUAUUUUGUCCAAAGAAGAGAUGCUGCUAAAAAGCUCGGACAUUCUUCCCUUCAAAAGAUAACUGCCGCACUUAGGAUGCUUGCUUAUGGAGUAUCAGGUGACUUUAUGAAUGAAUAUUUGGGAAUUGCAGAAAACAUUGCAACAAAGUGUUUGCGAAAAUUUGUUAAAUCAGUUAUUUCAAUUUAUUCUGACAAGUACUUGAGGUCAUCAAACAGCAAUGACAUUACUAGAUUGCUAGAGGUGAACACAAGACGUGGAUUUCCAGGGAUGUUGGGGAGUAUCGAUUGCAUGCAUUGGAAAUAG